AAGCAAAGAAGCCAAGAAGCCAAGUGCAUAUAGACAUUAAUAAUGUCCAACAGCAUGAAAAAGUUGUCCAGUUAUUUGCAUUCCCUAUCCCAAACUCCUCACAGGCUCAGAAAAAGAAUGCUAGCAACAUGGACCCCAGACCAGGAAUUCAACCAGGUCAGGCACAGAUCUGGAGCUGACAUGAAGAGGAAGCUCAACUGGUAUGAUCUGGUUGCUCUUGGUGUUGGAGGAAUGCUUGGUGUUGGUGUCUUUGUCACAACUGGCUCCGUUUCCCUUCACCACUCUGGUCCUUCAGUCUUCAUUUCCUAUAUCAUAGCAGGAAUUUCAGCCCUUCUCUCCUCCUUGUGUUACACUGAAUUUGCUGUUCAAGUCCCAGUUGCAGGAGGAGCUUUCAGUUAUUUAAGAUUAACCUUUGGGGAAUUCUUUGGAUAUUUUGCUGGGGCAAAUAUACUAAUGGAGUAUGUCUUCUCAAACGCUGCCGUAGCAAGGAGCUUUACUGAAUAUUUGAGCAUUGCGUUUGGAGAAAAUGAUCCAAAUGUUUGGAGAGUGGAAGUCCAUGGCUUGCCCAAGGAUUAUAACAUGUUGGAUUUUCCAGCUGUGGCUGUCAUUCUUAUUCUCACUCUCUUUCUGUGUCAUAGUACAAAGGAAAGCUCCGUAUUGAACCUCAUAAUGACAGUCUUCCAUGUGAUUUUCUUUGGAUUCAUUAUAAUCGCUGGUUACUGCAAUGGAAGUGCGAAAAACAUGGUUAAUCCAAAAGGUAUAGCACCUUUUGGUGUUAGAGGUGUUCUUGACGGAGCAGCAAUAGUCUACUUCAGCUAUAUAGGCUAUGACUCCGCUUCAACCAUGGCUGAGGAGGUCAAAGACCCUUUUAAGAGCCUACCCAUUGGAAUUGUGGGUUCAGUUCUGAUAACCACUUUGCUCUAUUGCUUAAUGUCUCUGUCUUUGUGCAUGAUGGUUCCUUACAACAAGAUAUCCGAAAAAGCAUCAUUUUCAAUAGCUUUUCUGAAAAUUGGAUGGAGUUGGGCGAGCAAUCUGGUAGGGGCAGGUGCAAGUUUGGGCAUUGUGGCUUCUCUCUUGGUAGCCAUGCUUGGCCAAGCAAGAUACCUUUGUGUUAUUGGAAGGGCAAGGUUGGUGCCAUCUUGGUUAGCCAAAGUACACCCUUCAACAGGCACACCAUUGAAUGCAACGAUCUUUUUGGGAAUUUGCACAGCAUCCAUUGCACUGUUCACGGAGCUUGACAUUAUAAUUGAGUUGAUAAGCAUCGGCACGCUGUUGGUGUUCUACAUGGUAGCCAAUGCUCUUAUAUACCGUCGAUAUGUAAUCACUGGCCAUGCCCCACCUUCGCACACUCUUUUCUUCCUUUUUCUCCUAUCUCUAAGUGCAAUAUGCUUCUCCAUUGCGUGGAAAUUCAAGCAGCAAUGGUGGGGUCUUGUACUUUUUGGUGGGUUUAUGAUCGCCAUCACUGCCUUCUAUCAGCACGUGAUGCUUAAUACUACCAUUGCCCAACAUCCUCAACAACAACAACAACAGCAGCAGCAUUGGUCCGUGCCAUUCAUGCCAUGGCCACCCUCCAUCUCCAUCUUUCUUAACGUUUUCCUCAUAACCACACUCAAAACCCUCUCUUUCCAACGCUUUGGCAUAUGGGCAUGUUUCAUCACCAUCUUCUACGUGCUCUAUGGCGUUCACAACACUUAUGAGGCAGAGGAGAUUGAGAUGGGUGGUGUAGGUGUUGUUGGUGAUGAAAUGAAUUCAAGUGUACACAACUUGCAAACUAAGGUGGAGAUUCAAGUGUAUUAGUUGAAGCAAAGAAUGCAAUUGGGCAGAAUUAAUAAGAAAAGAAAUCAGUUGUUAUUAUUAUGUACAUUGUGGGAAAGAGACAGAAGGGAUAUUGUGAAGAAUGCUGCAUUGGUGAUGCCGCUAUUAUAUAUGAUAGAAAGAGGCAGCAAACUCUUGAAGCAACAAUGAUUCUUUAGUAGUGGGAAACAUUGAAUUGAGUUGAAGUCCAAUCCGGGUGCAAUCUGCAGUCUUUUGAAUAGUACUGAAAUAACUUGUAUCGUUGUGUCAUUUCGGUAGCACGUCAAAAGUGAAUGGUGGGUCAAAAAUCAGGUGAGAGUGGGUUUAGUUUAGCAAUCUCUUCAGUAUCUUUGGAAAAGAUGGGUUGAAUUCAUGACCAAGCUAUUCACCCUAUCAGAUCCCAGCUGGGGCAUAAAAAGUGUAUAUAUCACCCCUCUCUUCCUCAUUUCAAUUAUUAUUCUAGUAUUGUUCUAUCUACACUGACUCACUCG